AUGGUGCGGGCGGGGGGCUCGUUACCAGUUCUCCCCGCCUUCUGUCAGCGCGUCUGGGCCCGGCCCACGGAAGCCGGGAGGCCGCGCGGGGGCGGCGGGGAUGGACGGCGCUGGCGCUGGCGCUGGCGCUGGCGGGCCGUGGCGGCCUCGGACGAGGCGCCGAGACCCCCGGGGGGCGGGUUCGCGCUGGCGGAGUUCGGGGCCGCGCUGCGAGGCCCCCGAAGCCGCUGGGCCGGCCUCGCCGGCUUCCUGCACGUCCUGUGCAGCGCGACCCGCCGGCGGGCAAGAUCCCCGCCGCCGCCGCGCAGGGCCGCCCGGCUGCACCGCGCCCUGGGGCCCACGGGCAAAGAGAUCCACGCUUUGAAACGGUUGAGAGAAUCCGCCAAUGCUAACGACUUAGAAACAGUGCAGCAACUCUUAGAAGAUGGGGUUGACCCCUGUGCUGCAGAUGACAAAGGCCGUACGGCCCUGCACUUCGCCUCCUGCAAUGGCAAUGAUCGCAUCGUGCAGUUGCUUUUGGACCAUGGGGCAGACCCGAACCAGAGAGAUGGACUGGGGAACACUGCGUUACACUUGGCUGCCUGCACGAACCAUGUUCCUGUCAUCACCCUGCUGCUGCGUGGAGGAGCCAGAGUCGAUGCUUUGGAUCGAGCCGGGAGAACUCCUCUGCACCUCGCCAAGUCCAAGCUGAACAUCCUGCAGGAAGGACUCUCUCAGAGCCUGGAGGCCGUGCGCCUUGAAGUGAAGCAGAUUAUCCAGAUGUUGCGGGAAUACCUGGAGCACCUUGGGCAGCAUGAGCAGCGGGAGCAUUUGGAUGAUCUCUGCUCCAGGUUACAGAUGACCAGUACUAAGGAGCAGGUGGAUGAGGUCACUGACCUCCUGGCCAGCUUCACCUCACUCAGUCUACAGAUGCAGAAGAUGGAGAAGAGGUAACAGGAUUUCAGAUCAUUCCCCUGCUCAACAGGAGAGGCCGCAGGGGAGGGGCAGCUGGAGUGCAUUGCAUAGAUUAUAAACAUUGCUGCCACUGCCAGAUACCCUGUUGCUGGACCCUCCCCCCUAGUGUAGCACUCAACUCUCAGACUAUCCCCUCCAGUGCUGCCAUCACCACUUCCUUCUGAGGCGCCUAGGAGGACAAUUGAAUGCUGGAGCUCCUGACUUUUGGAGCAAAGGGUCCCUCUUAUAUCAUCCUGCUCUAGAUCAGAUAGUUUAACGAAUGUGCUGGCCUUGUGUGGCAUGUCCCUCUUUUGAACAUGCAGCCUUCCUCAAAGCAUCCCAAGCUCAGAGUGGUUGGCACUCAGUGUGCCCCUGGUCACCAGCCACACCCAGGUGCAUUCAGGCAGGGACAGCUCUCAGACAUGCCUUUGUACAGAUCUGCCUGUACUAGGCACGACUGGACAUGGUCACCGUAUCUAGUUACACAGGGUGAGUAGGCUUGUUCAGAUGGUGGGAGACUCUGACUUCUUGCAGUCACAGGAAGUGAAGAUGGAAAUUCAGCAGAGCUCACUGAGCAUUGGUUGGAGUAGGUGGAACCAGGAAGAGGAAAAAAUAAAAGAUAAAAAAAAAACAGAGCCUGGGCCUUCAUCCUCAACUCCCACAGGGGUCUGCUCUCAAAGGGCAAAGAGUCUGUCACUGUGGGACUGGGAUACAAAGCUUUUCAGCACAAGUUUGCUGCUUCCAAUGUGAUCCCACCUCAAGGAAUCACUAAAACUUUGUGCUCAGAGACCACAGCAAUGGGUUUGUUAAAAAUAAAUAUAUAGAUAAAGUUACCACCAGAUUAUGGCUGCCCAGUUAGAGUUGGGGGACACCCCCCCACUCCUAGCCCAGUUCUAAGGGGACAGAGAUGUAUGUCUCACAAGACAGCACCAUGGCUGACUUCGAUCUUCCCUUUUAUUAGCAGUCUCAGCCAGGAGAUCAGGCCUUGAUUUGAGCUAUUAGAACAGCUCAUCUUUCCACCUCAGCAUGGCUGACAUGUAACUUAGACCUGAGCCAUGUUGCUAGGAUGGGGGCAAACUUAUGUUGUUUCUGCCCACGUAUCACUAAUCCCGGGUCUAAAAUAAAUGCCAGUCUGAAGGCCUAUCAAUUGGACACAUUUUUAUCAGUGCUAAAUUCAUGUGAGGAGAAGGAAUCUUAAGUAAGUUCAAUGGAUUGGAUGAGUUGUGAUGCCCACAAGAGGCCUGAAAUGGGGAACAUGGAAAGGAUGCAGGGAGUUGCCACAGAACAGCAUGUUCUUUGCCAUCUGUUGGGGUGUGGUCAUUCAUAAGAGCUGGGUGGAUUCUGUUUAAGGUACUGAUUCUCAGGAGCAGCCAGUACUUUCCCUGAAUCAUGAACAUUCCAAGUUGUUCUUUUAGAUCCAGAGGACAAUAGGAUUGGAUGCUGUUUAGGUGUAUCCCUUGUCUGAGAGGAGACUGACUAGACGCAUGUAUCCAGAGCUUGGAUUUCACCCUGGUGCGUGCGGCUUAGAGUGGUCUGUAUGAUCUUCUGGGGAGGGAAGUCUGGGACUGACUCUGUUUUGAUUUUGCUGGAGCUGUCACUGUGAAUAUUAAGAGGUUGUUCUGACAUGCUGGCUAAAAGACACACGAAAGGGGGUGGACAACAAUCUGAACUCCUACAUUUUACAUUCAUUAAAAUACUGUCAGCUUUUUUGGAGUCCUCCACCAGUUCUUUCGUCUCAAGACUCACAUCUCUCCCUCUAUCUCCUGUGCCUGGGGCCUGACACUGGCCUCAGUAACAACUUCUCUUAAAAAGCAGUGCUUGAAUUAAAGAUGACAAUGUCGAGUUGCCUUGAGCACAAACGCUGGCCUCUUUGCAGACCCCUGGACCCUGCUGCUGAUUCACCUUCUGAUCUUAAAUCCCAUUGCUGACGAAUCCAAACCAUAGAUACAUGAAUUUGCUAUAGAACCUACACAAAUCACAGUGUGUUUUAGGACUGCAGGCGAGGAGCUAUCAUGCACUCUGCAGAGAGGAAAGCAAUGCUGUCUGACCACAACUUGUCUGAGAGCAAGCAUUGGUGUGUAGCAGGAGGGGAGAAAACAUGGUAAAAUAAUCACAGUUUGCCAAAUGAAGAAUGCGACAAUGUGCUGGGGCUCAGACUGGUAUUGGCUAGAUUCUAAAGAUUACAGGGGAAAGAGCAUCCCCCAAGUGAGACAGAAGGGACCAUUAAAAGAGCUAAAGAAAGAGCAGCUAGGGUUGUCUUUAAUGCCACAGUUGCUGUCGCUGAUGCUUGUAUUGAAGCUGGAACUGACUGCGGUUUGCUUUUGUUGCAGUUCACACCUGAGAUCAGAGCCCUUUUGGCUAGGAGCAUGAGAAGUUGCUGCAUGCAGCGUGUCGUGGCCCUACAGUGUGAGGUUAGCUGCUGAGCUUUUACACCUCCUCCCUAAACAGGGUGGGAGUCAUAAAGGGUGAUGUCUGGGUGUGGAUGAUGGUGGUUGCCUGCUCCGAGUCCCUGCAACUACCCACUAAUGUCUACCUCUCUUAGAGGGCAUCUUUUUAUGUUUCUCCCUCAACAACCCAUGGGCUGGGCCAUCAGCUGUAUGUCAUCUGAAGGAUGAUGGGUUUGGGGGGAAAAUUGCCACUGCUGCUGGUUAGUAAGAGCACUUGGUUGCAGAUGAAAUGCCUUAGGGGAAUUAGAUCCUUUUUAACUGGUGAGCAGACCGAUCACAUGGUACAAGUUGCCCUUCGCAGUUCUGCUUUUCUACUGCCAGUCCAAUGGGAUGAGACACCCACAGACCAAGCUGGCACCAGGGCUCACAGUGACAUUCCACAGGGCUGUUUCCCUCUGGCCAGAGAGCAGUACUUACCACAUUUCUAUCAUCCAGUGAUGCAUAAUCCUGGGCUGGAAACAGUCAAACCUACCAUCCUGCUCAGUUCGGCAGUCCUCAUCUGAAGCCGAUCUCCGUUACUCUAGUUUACUAUUAAAGUGAAGUGGUGGCUAUGAAUGUAGAAAUCGUAUCUUCAUCAUGCCUGCAGUACCUGAUUUCCUUUAGCUGUCCUGCCCACGUUGCCUGUUAUACAUCACCUAAUAGGAUCCCAGAGCUUUCCCUUGGUGGAAGGCCCCAUGUGCUCUACUGCAGGCUUUUGUAGCAUUCUUCUGUGGCAGCUUCAGGUACAUUUUACAAAUCUAGGUUUUUACUGAAUUAAAGAUGAACAUGAAUAAUC